CUUGUAACAUAUUGUUCCAGAAACAAAGAGUGACAAAUUUUAUUAUUAAAUAAUGCAAAUGUUAUUUAUUACACAUUGACACUGCGCAACAACAAGCAAUUGAGUUUUCUAGCCAGUGCUUUUGAUAUUACAAUGGUUCCACUAUGCCAAUUAUGCCAUUGAAGCUAGACUAUUGCUGCAUUAAAAUAGAUGUUAUGUAUAAACAUCUGUCACAUGUUUCAGAUACAAGUUAGUUAUAAUAUUGAAAAUGUUCCAAGUGGCUGUCCAAAGUCUCCCAGAAAAUAUAAAAGGUUUGGGCCCCAAGGUUGCACAGUAUGUGCCAACCUUACGAGAGCGUGGGCUGGAUGGAGCGAAGCUGUUGAUGCUGAGGUGCGACGACCUGGAGUACCUGGGCAUGCACAUCAUUGGCCACCAGGAGCUGUUGCUCGAGGCUGUUGAACAUCUCAGGAACUUUCAAUACGAGUUGUCGCGCGAGUGCGUGCAGCAGCUGGCGGUGCGCGUGUCGGUGGUGGCCACGACGCUCGCGCGCACGCUGCGCCACGCGCCCGACGCGCGCCUCGAGACGCACACGCUCGCCGACGUCGCGCGCACCGUGCAGGCCGUCAAGCCGCUCGUCUGCUGGCUCGACAGAUGGUCGGGCGGCGCGGGUGGCGGGCGCGGCGGCGCGCCGCUGGCGGAGCGCAAGGCGGCGCUGCUGAAGCUGUCGCUGGAGGCGGCGACGUGUGCGCAGCGCGACCGGUUCGCGGAGCAGCCCGCGCGCGCCGUGGCCGCCGCCGCCGCCGCAGCAGCCGCCGCCGCUGACUACAUCAUACAGGAGGUGUCGUCCCCGGCGGCGCUGCAGCCGGCGGCGCUGGAGGCGGUGUCGCUGCGGCAGCGCGGGCGUGCGCUGGGCUUCUCGCUGGAGCCGUCGUGCUGCGGCCCGCACCAGCUCGCCGACAUCCGCUUCGGCUCGCCGGCGCACGCCUCCGGCGCCGUGCACCCUGGCGACGAGAUCGUGCAGGUGGGCGGCCAGUGCGUGGUGGGGUGGAGCUCGGAGGCGGUGGUGCGCGCGUGCCAGGCGGCGGGCGCGGCGGGCGCGGGGGGCGCGGCGGGCGCGGGCGGCGGCGAGCUGGCGCUGCGGCUGCGGCGCAGGGCGCGCGCCCGCCGCCCGCGCUCGCCUCGCCGCCGCUGCACGCGCGCCUGGCGCGACACUCGCGCAUGCACCGCGCGCACUACGAGCCGCACCGGCCCAGGGACGAGCUGCGCAUCGACAGCGUGUACAGCAGCGACAGUCCCAGCGCAUGCGCGACGCCGGCGGCGGAGGCGAGUGGUGCGGCGCGCGAGUCGGCCGCGUCGUCGUCGGACGAGAGCGAGCCGCUGUCGCCGCCCGCCUCGCCCACUCACCCACUGCUCGACCCCGCCAGGUCGCGCGGGUUGCCGUGCGCGGCGGCAUGUCGGCGGCACAGCGUGAGCGGCGGCAGUCCCGUCGCCACGCGGCCCGCACACGACAUUGAACAGUUCUGGCAGGAGCUGAAGCAGGCGCGAUGGGGAGCGGCGGGCAGCGCCGGCGCGAGCCCCGCGCCCGACGACCUCGCGCUCUACGCACGGGACAAG